AUGUCCAGUUUCUCCAUCAUCGACGUCUUCUCCCACACAGCCUACAAAGGCAACCCACUAGCAGUGGUCCCCAAUACCCUCGACACCCUCUCAACCACGCAAAUGAGGCUCAUCGCUCGACAAUUCAACCUCUCUGAAACAACCUUCAUCUGUCCCGCCACAACCCCCGUCGCUACCUACCGACUGCGUUCCUUCCUCCCCAACGGCGAGGAAGUCUUUGGCGCAGGUCACAACGCCCUCGGCGCAUGGUGGUAUAUCAUCUAUACGGGACUCGUCGGCAUCUCCGACGCUGAAACGCCAACGCCAACCCCAGUGACGUUUCACCAGCAGUUAGGCGUCGAUGUCCUCCCGGUGGAAGUCUCCCGCUCCGUCGAGGGGAUGAUUGAAAUCGCCAUGCGUCAAGGUCCGCCGCAGUUUCUGGAUAUUCAUCGCGAUUUGUCCGCCCUUGCUGCGGCGGUAGGACUGGCCCCGUCGGAUAUUGGGUUCGAGGUCCAUGGUGUCCUCGUGUCCGAGACGAAGGUGGUAACGACCUCGCCGGCUCGACAUCUUCUAAUCCCCGUUGUGUGUGAGGAGGUUCUUCGUCGGGCGCGGUUUGAUAAUGAGGCCGUUGCUAAGGAACUGAGUAAAACAGAUAGUCAGAACAGUGGAGUUUAUCUUUUUGCUCCGGUUGGUGAGGCGGAUGGUGGGAUUCCAAGAUUCGAAGCUCGGUUUUUUAGUCCCGGUAUGGGCUGCGAGGAUCCGGCGACUGGGUCGGCUGCUGGUCCUUUGGUGGCAUAUUUAUGGGAGAAUGGAGUUGUAGGGAGUCUCGGUCAGGACUUAGUUCAGGUGGAAGUGGUGCAGGGGCUGCAACGAGGGAGGGAAUGUGUUAUGAAGGUUGGCUUGUUGAUGAAAGAUGGGAAGCCUAUGGGGGUGAUGCUUCGUGGGAAGGGAACUUUGGUGGCUGAGGGACGUCUUGUCGUCCCUGAUGGGAUAGAUUUCUGA